AUGAUCUUCGAUGAAAUUGUAACCCAACUUCGCAAGGAUCCGAAAGUUGGCCCUACCCUAAACCCGAACUCUUUCCGCGACCCCAACGAAUGGGUUUUCAAUAAUGCAGGCGUUGGCACCGAGGGCCACACUGGGCGUCACACCGUAAGUAUUUCCGUGCUCUUAUACCAGGCGGACGAUUACUUCCACAUUCUGACCGGCGAGCAACGUGCAUACAAGGCUGGUGCUUUGGUCGAUGAGUACAUGAUGCCCGAAUCGGGCUGCUGGGCACUUGAGUUAGCUCAAGGCUGGAUCCCUCCAAUGCUGCCUUUUGGAUUAGCUGACACACUCUUUUCUACUCUAGACCUUCCCACAUUCUGGCGCACGGCUGUCAUUACUGCCCGGGAGAUGAUCUCUAAUCUGCUUCGUGGU